UAUAAAUAUCACACCACACUUCACAUCUCACCUCCUCUCUCUCUCUCUCUCUCUCUCUUAAACAUGAAGCUCAAGCAUUGUUCCAUGACUCUUCUUUUCUUUAUUUCUCUCACACUCUUCCCCUACUUAAUCCAAAGCCAAACCUGCCAAAGAACCUGUGGCAAACAGCCCAUCAAAUACCCAUUUGGCACAGGCCCUGGAUGCGGCGAUCCGAGGUUCCAAACUCACAUAACUUGCAGUCAGGACCAACUCACCUUCUCAACCCACACUGGUUGCUACCCUGUAACCUCCAUUGACUACACAAACCAAGUCCUCUACAUCACAGACCCUUCCAUGUCAACCUGCUCUUGCACACAGCCCAGCAAAGGCUUCAGCCUCGACUGGGACGCUCCCUUCAGCUUCCACGACGACAACACCUUUGCAUUGCUCGACUGCUCGACAACUUCAUCGCCCAUUUACAAAACCAAUCCCGGAAACAACAGCACUGCCACAGUCCCUCUCUGCGACACAAAUGGUGCUGCUGUUUGUAGCCUGCUUUUUUCAUGCCAGGCUGUCAGCAGGCUCGAUACCCCUGUCGCCACAUGCUGUGUUUACACUCCAGUGGACCUUGGGCCAUCAUUCGAAAUGGAUUUGCAGAAAUUGCAGUGCACUUCGUACUCCGGCAUAUACGGUUUUGGAGGGAAAAACGAUGAUCCAGGGAGUUGGCAAUAUGGGGUGGCGCUUAAAUACAAGUUCAAUUACAACAACGAAUUUCCGACGAAUUGUGAGAAUUGCGAGAGGAGUAAUGGAGCUUGUGGGUAUUCUGGAACUUACAAUUCAUUUGUGUGCAACUGUCCUAGUGGGUUGAAUACGACAACAGAUUGUUUCUUCGCAGCAUCUUGGAACCAUGGUUUAGUACUACUUCCAUGGCAGACCGGGAAAUGGGUGAUCUACUGUUUGGCAUGGUUUCUGGUGUUGCUGUAGAAUGAAGAAGAGCAGUGGGUGGAAAUGAAUCCCAAUGCUGGAAGCAAAUAAAACUCCUAGUUGACUUUUUCUUCUUGUGAUUUCUUCAAUUUGAAGGGAAUUGAAAGGCACGAGAUUUUUUUGUCUAUAAAUUUUUAGUCUCUGUUGCAAUACACUCUCAAUCAUUUUGGAUUAUAUUUCGAAAAAUAUAUACUUUAAGAUUCUUACAUGAUCGAAUGAAUGGUUAAGAAUGCAUUAAGACAAAAAAACAGAGAAAAUUGAGGACAAAGAAUUCUUGGCUGAAUUCAAGCACCUUUUCCUGGCUGUAAAUUGUAAAUAUAGUGGAAUUCCAAUGUUGAAAGCCCAAGUUACAAUAAGGUUGACUUUCAUAUGUUAA